AUGACUGCCACCACCAUUGUUGGAUGGCCCACCUUCACCAUGUUUAAGAGUGCUUUGCAUGAGGGUGAUGACAAUUGUGAUGUUGGUAGUGUUAGUAGCGACAACGAUAGAGAUACUAGUGAUGGUUGUGAUGGCAGUGACGUGGUGAUGAUAGCGAUGUCAAUGGUGUCAAUGGUGAUGGUGGUGGUGGUGAUAACGACGUUGAUGAUAGUUGUGGCAAAAAUGUUGUUAUUAGUGGUGGCGAUGACAGGUGGUAUUGGUGGUGAUAGCGAUGAUGGUAAUGAUGGUGGUGGUGGUGAUAGUAGUAAUGUUAGUGGUGAUGGUAGUGGCUAUGACGACGACAAUGACAACUAG